AGGAAAAUAAAUAAAAUGUGUCGCUAUUUAAAGCAAAAUUACUCUGCGUAUUCGGUAUGAAAUUAUAAUUUGAACACAUACACACAUCUUCUAUUGCUAAAACUGACAGCGCACACUUGACUGCCAUUUGAGGUUCCCAGAAGUAGCUGCAGAGUGAGAGCUCUUCACUUUCCCGCGCCUCUCUGGUGAAAAUCGUUCCACUACGUCAAGUCGUCCCGUCCGCUCGGUGAAGAUGUCUGCGACGGGUACAGGCGGCUGUGGACCCGGACCCGGACCUACCUCGGGCUCCGGGUCCGGGGCUUCCAACCCCCGAAAGUUUAGCGAGAAGAUAGCCCUGCAUACCCAGCGACAGGCCGAGGAGACAGCCGCCUUCCAGGAGGUUAUGAUGGACAUCACCUCGACCAGGCUCCAGGCCCAGAAGCUCCGUCUUGCCAGGAGUCAGGGUCCGUACUACGGCGGCUCGCUACCCAACGUAAACCAGAUCGGGAGGAACCCUCAGGACUUCCAGGGCUCCUUCCCCUCCACUCUGGAGUCCAACCGGUCUACUCGGCAUCACGGUCUGGUGGAGCGAGUCCAGAGGGACCGCCGUUUCAUCUCGCCGGUCCGACCUUACCGCAACCGACAAGUGGACAGCUUGCCAUAUAACUCCGCCUACCUGUCUCCGCCUCCUGACCCCAGCUGGAGAAGGAAUUGGUCCGGAAACUUCCCCGGGGAUAAAAGCCAGUUGUUUCGUCUCCCCACCACUGCACUCAACAGGACCAACUCUGACUCGGCCCUCCACACCAGUGUAAUGAAUCCUCCCAUAGGAGACCCCUUCACCACAGGAGGACCCACCCUCACCCCCCAGAGCAACAGACGCACUGGUCAGAGCGAUGGAGAGGGCAGAAGAAUGUUUCCGUACCCUGUCCCCCCCAUUGAAGAGAAUGUGUUGGAUGAGGGGAAACUGCUCAAACCCUGGGACACCAAGAAGUUGCCUCUGUUGUCGUCCCGACCCAAGUCCUGUGAAGUCCCUGGCAUCAAUAUCUUUACGUCCCCAGAGCAGCCGUCCACGCCGGCUCACGGCGUCCCAUCGGCUCUCAACACCGGCGGCUCGCUGCCCGACCUGUCCAGUCUCCACUUCCCCUCCCCACUGCCGACGCCGCUUGACCAGGAUGAGCCCGGCUACCCAGGAUCCUCCUCUCUGAGCGGGGGGAGCAGCACGGGGAACCUGGCAUCCACCCUCACUCAGCUGGGCAUCAACGCCGCCAACGCUCAGGGAGGCAACAGCAACUUCCACCACCACACACAAGGUCUCCUGGCGUCUCUACAGAGCACGCUCAGUAACCCGUCCCUGCAGUCAUCGCUAAGCAACCCCAACAUCCAGUCGUCGCUCAGCAGCCACUCCUUUUCCAACUCUUUGAGCUCCGCCUCCCUGCACUCAUCGCUCAGCAAUCCCUCGCUGCAGUCGUCCCUCAGCUCCUCCCCCUCCCUGCCGUCCUCCCUCAGCAGCCAAUCGCUGCACUCCUCCCUCAGUAACUCCUCCCUCCAGUCAGUGUCCAGCAGUAACCCCAGCUACAGCAGCGGAGUGGGCGGCUCCAGCUCCUGCUCCUCCUCCUACUCGCCGCUGCUUAGUGGACAGGGCCAGCCGUCACUCAGCACGUCGCCACGGAGGCGAGCACAGCUCUCCCCGCUCAUCCUGCCCAUGGGAGGGGAGUCACGGAGGCAUCACUCCAAACAGUUCUCCCCGACCAUCUCCCCCACCCUGUCCUCCAUCACACAGGGCGUCCCUCUGGACACCAGCAAACUGCCUCUGGACCAGAGGCUUCCCCCGUACCCGCUCAGCCAGUCCCACCAGCACCAGCCAGGCUCCCACCAGCCUCUCCCUGGUCUGCCCGGCUCCCAGCCCGGCCAGCAGCUCCACCACCAACAGAUGCACCGCCUCCAGCAGCCGCGGCCCAGCUCUCAGCAGCAGCAGCAGCAGCAGCAGCAGCAGCAGCAGCAGCAGCAGUCGCAGUCCAUGCAGCAGCUCCACCUGCAGAACCUACGCAACACACACAACCAGCACAUGCAGCAGCACUUUGGAACGCAGAGGCCGAUGGGGCCGCAUGUGAACACAGCGAACACGCAGCUGAUAAAGAACGAGAGGGCGAUGGAUCAGUGUGUCCAGAGCUCCUCGUCCUCUCAGUGUCACGUCAAACAGGAAACAGAGCAGCAGAGAGCCGACGGCCUCCCUCAGCUCCAACAGAUCAGCCACAACCUGGCCACAGAUCUCUACAACGAUGCCUUGUUCAACUCUCUACUGGACGACCCCUAUCUGAGUUUCCAGCUCACAGGCAAAUCCAACCAGCAGUUCACAGCAGAGAGCCAGGGUGAAUGUCUGUCUCUGAACCACAGCGGUCUGAGCUGCGGCAGCACUGACAAGAACCAGUUCCCCUCCAACACCCAGGGGCCCCUGGACAUGCAGGACCCCGGGGACCAGCAGCUCCACAACAACCAGAACCAGAACUACAGCUGCGGGGAGGGACGACACAACGUGCCCAACAUCAUCCUCACUGGUGACUCCCCACCGGGCCUGUCUAAAGAGAUUGCCAGUGCUCUGUCUCACGUCCCCGGCUUUGAGAUGGAUCCCUUCUCCCUGGACGACCCGCUCAGGAUGGACCCCCUGGCUCUGGACAUGCUGGACGGCGACCUGAUGCUCGCUGACCCGGCUGUGGAGGACUCCUUCCGAUCCGACCGGCUGAAGUGACCCCGCACCCCUCCGCUCCAGGAGCUCGGUGGGAAUCGGCGAAGAGACGGCCACCCGGACGGAGGUGGAGAGGACCGGGAUCAGUGCCGCUCCGCCGCCCCCCUCACCACUCCCCCCAACCAGACGGCCUGCAGAGCGAGGUUUGGAAGUAACUUGGGAAUCUCCAAGAGUCCUUUUGUUGGCGAUGAAGUCUUGGUGAGAAGGACCCGAGAUUUCUGUCAGAAUAAACUGAAGGAGGGGGAUUUUUCCGUCAAAGGCACUUAACUGAAAACACUCUUGCAAUGCUUGAAGUCAAGAAAAACCAAGAUGCUUCUCUUUUUAGGCAUUAGCUUGUACGAGUCUUAUCUGCAUGUUAAUGAAAAAUGCACUCGCGUAAAUGCAAACACGCAGGAAUAAACCGCUCACGUGACGUCGGCUUUAUGUAAGAAACGUCUGUAAAAACCAGCAACGCUUGGAAAAUCUUGAAAAGCAUUAUGCAUCCCGAUACGUGUGGACCCUCUCUGAGCUUUCUGACUGUUCUCUGUUCCAUCCAGCAGCCAUGUCGGUCCUCACUGCACAGGAAAGGCAACAUGUGAUUGGUUUGGAUUAUUGGAUUAUAUUAACUGUCAUUAGGUUAGGAAAUAACCGCCAAUCAGAGGCCAAAACUGCUAAUGUUUGGCUCCCUCUGCUUUAUCAGCCACUUUGACAGGAACUUAGCCAUGACUUAGAGGUCUUUUAUAUUUAUAAAAAAAAAAAAAAAAAAGGUUUUCCUGUUCCGACAGUCACAGAUGUCAAUUUAACAGCCUGAAAGAGGUUGUGAAAUUCUCUUCAGACCAAACAGGUCUGUACUCAGUUGCAUAAAUCAAAAGAAAUUAUAGUUAGUUAAUGAAAAGCAGGUUAAAGGUUUGGGAUAAAGCCCUCAGGAGUGCGUAUAGUGCUUAAAACCCCCAAUAUGCUGCUUCUUUUCAAGUCACUCUGACUUGAAAAUAAUCAUAAUGUUGCCCCAUGAUUGUCCAGUUAAAGCAGCUUUAAACCCUUCAAUGAUCCUGUGAUCACAUAGGACGCUUUCUUCAAAACGCUUGAGCUUUUUUUUUUUUUUUUUUUUAAGUUGAGAAGUCGACUAAAGAUCCACACCUGUGGAAUCACAAUCAUCGUUUCUAAAAUUCUUCUGCACAAUCAUCCGUCUACAGAGAGACGGUAAAAGAUUUUGUCUCCUUUAUCAGAAAUCCAAAGAAAUGCGAUGACUGUUGACAGUUCAGCAGGAAGUGGAGACGUCCCUAAAUUUCCUGUAUGUUUUUAUUUUUAACAUUGUUAUCGGUUUUCGUUUCCCAGUCAGCACAAUUUUGGUGAUUUGGAUGUGAAAAGACGCGCAGCCAUGGUUAAAACCAAGCUAAAUUUGGUUUAAAAGUUGGUUAGUUUUAUCUCUAGGUCAGUGGUUUAAAGGAAAUUGUGAGAUGAUAAACAAAAUAUCAGAGAACAAACAUUUUUACUCACAUCUUUCCACUUUUUUCUUAAAAGUUUUACCUCUCCGAAGUCGAUGAAACGGAGAAGGGAACAUUACUGCUGACAACCCACAGACGUGUAACCUGUGACACUGAUUCAACGGCUUUACGGUGACUUUAUUUUAAUAUGUAUAUAUAUUAUAUAUAACUUAGGGCAGUGCUUCCCAACGUGGGGUCAAGAUAAAUCUAAAGAGUCACGAGAUGAUUGAAUGAACAAGAAAGGAAAAAAUAUGUUUCACAAAAUUAAUUUUUGUAAAUUUUUUGCUUUUUUUCUUGUGAAAUAGAUACUUAUUUCAGACCCCUUUUAAAAAAUCACACUUUCUUUGCUCAAAAAAUCAUGUUUUAAACCCGCCACGACUAGUGAAGAGGAGCCACGAGUAGACGUUGUUUCAUUUUAAAGGGCGACAAGUCAAAAAGGUUGGAAAUCACUGACCCAGAGGUCUAAAAAAAACCAGAAUCACCCAAGCUUCGCUCCCUGAUUUUAGGUGAUUACAGUAACUUUAUUUGGCACACACUUUUAUUCAAAGCGACUUCAGAACGCAAGGAAUGAGAAAAUAAGCGUCCUGUCUGAUCACAGAUAAUCAGUUCAUCUUACCGUUUCUACAUCACUACCAGCUUGACGAGUGUCAUUGUUAUAAAACGUCCUCAGAGAUUUUAUAUCACUGAGCCGCAGUCCGAAGCCUGAAACAUGCUGCCGACGUAUGUACACAUGACAGCGUGUGGAAUAAAGAGGAAGUAAAGAAAACCUCCAAGAAGCUAUUUUUAUGCUUGUAUUUAAGCAACUCUCAGUUGACAGUUUUGGAAAAUCCUCAUGUUGUCAGAGUCAGUUUAAUCUCUGUGGUCCGGAACGCGUUUAGCCUGGUUCCCCAAAUUUCUGCUAAGACAAACACUCGUACCUUCGUAGCGUCAUGUUUCAGCCUUGUUUCUGAUCGGAAGCUGUGGUUCAGUGCGUUUCAGCCUCGUGUGCCUGCUGCUGUCUGUUUUAGUCUCGUCCACAUUCCCUCUAACAGAGAAGACUGACGCUGACAGUGCAUCGGAUGCACUUGCCUGUAGUCAUUUGGAUUGGCUGCAUUUUAAAUAGAAAAUGAUGCAUUUCAAUGAUAAAACUGAAUGUGUUGUCUAAUGAUGGAGGGACUGAGGCGGUUGCAUGAACUAGUAGCAGAUGGGACGCAGGGUUUCUAUACACCUCAGGAAACAAAUCACAUGGAGGCUUCUUUCAGUGAUACGUCACCCAAAACAAAUCGAAAUCUUCACGUCCGGUCUAGAUGUUGAUGUGUGUAGGAACCCUCUGUUCACAGUUCUGCAUCUUUUUCCCGCUGAAGUGUUUGUACGACAGCUACAGUCGCCUCUCAGGCUUGAGCUUUAAUGUCCUUUCAGGUUUUUAAAGGGCAAUUCCACCAAUCUGCCAAUUAUUUUCUCAGUUAUGAUGAUCACGAAAUCGUACAGGGCUGAGUCCUCACCGCAGCGGCCCGGGUUCGAAUCCAACCCGCAAUCCCCUCUCUCUCCACAAAACAAUAAUCCAGAGUACAAGGUCAACGUCUGCAAACGUCUCGUUUUGUCCGACCCAAUCCCAAAGAUAUUCAGUCUACAAAGAUAGAAAAAUCCUCACGUUCAGAAGCUCCGAUCAAAGAAGAUUCUGCACUUUGCUUGAAAAAGGACUGAAACGAUUAAUCGAUUAUCAAAAUAGUUGCAGGUUAGUCGAUCAACAGAAAAUUAACCUGCAACUAUUUUGAUAAUCGAUUAAAUGUUUAUUUAUUAAUUUUUUCUUGCGAAAACAUUUAUUGGUUCCAGCUUCUCAGUUUUUUUUAAUUCUCUAAAUAUUCUGAUCAUUAUAUUUAUUACAUUAUUGUAUAUUACAUAUACAAUAACAACCCACAUGCAAAGGUUUUUGGCGGGAUUGCCCUUUAACCCCAGUCACUGUGAUUGGCAGCCCUUAGCCCCGCCCUCUCUGCCUGCACUUGCUGCACCUGUGUUUUCAGCCCCGCCGGGGGCGGAGCAUUGCAACGUAUUUUUAUGUAACAAAGGUUUAAAAAAAAAAAAAAAAAAUCCUAUUAUUAAUAUUAUUCUGACUAUAAAGAAGUUUUAUUUUUUAAUCCAAAAUUGUCUAAAUCUGUAUGUAUAUAAUUUCUCAGAUAAUAUCUUUUAAAAAAAAAAAAAAUACAGUAUAUUUAAGAUGAGAGAAGAAGAAAAAAACUGCUUGUAGAAGUUUGAAGCAGCUUGAAGUCGGAGAGUUUUUGAACAACAGCUUGUGAAACAUGAAAUUAGCUGCAUGUGUCUUGUGUGAGCAUUUACAGUGCACGUUGUUUUAAAAUGUUGUGUGCCCCCCCCAAAGUAAUCAGGUCCAGUUUUUAGUUGUUUACACUGUUUGAGUUACUGAGAGAUCUUGUUUCCACCUGGUUGAGAUUCGGACGGCAGGAGAACAUUUGCUGUCAAACGUUUUUCGAUUUAAAGGUCCAGUGUGCGGGAUUUAGUGGCGUCUGGCGGUGAAGUUGGUGACCGAAAAACACCAAAGGCCCUCUCUAGAGCCGGUGUGUGGUUUGUCCGUUCUGGGCUACUGUAGAAACAUGGCGGUGCAACAUGGCGGCCUCCGUGGAAGGGGACCCGCUCCCUCUGUAGAUAUAAAGGGCUGAUUCUAAGGUAACGAAAACACAAAGAUUCUUAUUUUCAGGUGAUUACACACUGAUGAAAACACACUUAUGAAUAUUAUAUUCCAUUUCUGCCGACAGCUGCUCCUGAAUGUUUCACACUGGACCUUUUUUAAAGGAGAAGUUCUUCGUUUUGGGAAAUCGGCUUCUUUGCUUGUUCGUGAUGAGAAGGCUUUUGUUCAACUGGCCCUUUCAUUUCACAUUUCAAAUAACAGAAAACUGGAAAACUGAAGUCAAUUUUCUAAAAUAAUAUUUCGACUGAGAGGGAGGGGGAACCGAAACCCCUGCCCACCCGUUACAGCAGUGUUUCCCAACCUGGGGGCCGGACCCCCAUCAAGGGUCGCACGAUAAUUAACAGCAAAAGAAAGACAUUACUGUUUCAGAAAAUGAUGUUAAUUUUUUAACAUUAUAAUAAAACAUUAUUGAGAUAAAACAACAACAAAAAAAACACUGGACAUAUGCAACCAGCGAUGAGAUUAUUUUCCCAACUUUAUUUAUUAAGUUGAUUUGUUUAUAAGAGCAAAAAGUCAGAAUUAUGUCUUGAAUUAAAAAAAAUAUAUAUAUAUUUAUUUAUUUCAGUCAUUUAAACAGCUGUCCUGUUGUUUGGAAAGGAAACCGUAAACAUUUAAAACAUCAAGGACAAAUUGAGGAGGAAAAGAGAAAAUCGAAUCAAAAGUCCGAAUCUGAUCUGAAAAACAAAAAUAGCGUUUUAGAAAGCUGAAUUCAGGUUGCCUGUUUUCUGUUUCUAUUGAUUAAGAAGAGGAAGUGAAUUGAUUUGUGUUUUUAAUGGAAAAGUAAACUGAAACGUGAUCCACUGGCUGUUGGCGGUGCCAUCAUUUUGAAAAUACAGUUCCUGGGUUGGGGGUUAUUGCAGGUCUGGAAAGUUAUGGAAAUCUGUUUGAGUUUCCAGGUUCGACAUGUUUGGAAAACAAACAUGGCCGAGCGGUUUCAGAGAUCUCUGCGAGACAUCUGAGCAGAAAUGUGUUUGUUUCUUUGCUUCCUGACGCUGAAGUUCAAGGAUGUUUGUGAGGAGAUGAUGAUGAGGAGGAGGAUGAUGAUGAUGAUGUGGGAAUGACAUCAUCACAACACAGAUUCAGACUGAAGAGAGUUUAAACCUGAAUUAUUCGUUGUUCACCCGUCGGCGCCGGCAGCCGGCGAGGUCAAGGUUUGAGUAGGCCUGUCGCGAUCACUACUGCUGUUGGACGAUUUAUUGGCCCAGAAAUAAUUGCGAUAAAUGAUGAUAUUGUCACUUUAACACCAUUUUAUGCCACCGAUGUAAGCGUAAUAAUGCACGUACACUUUUUUUUUUAUUAACUUAAAAUUCUUAAGAAUAUUCAGAAUUCGAAUGUGAAAAAAAUAAAACAUCCUAAAUAAAAACAUAAAUAAAACGUACGUAAUUACUGCGACAGGCCUAGAGUUUAGGACGGACUUGAAAAACAAAAGCGAGGAGUUUUUUUGGGUAAACCAGGAGGUGAUUUUAAAAAAAGUGCAGCCAUGUUGGAAGGAAAUGUUGCUGCGCUGAAGUUACAGAAAAUGAAUUCAGCCAGUUUGUUGUUGGAGUUGUUUCUUGGCGUUUUGUUGUUCAGAUGCAGUCGGCUGCUGAAGCACGGAGAGCUUUGGCUUUGUUUUUCCUCGACGGUCAGGUUCCCUCUCCAACACGUCGUUUCAUGUCUUUAUCAGCCCUAAACAAUUCUCCGCCGGUGUCAAACAGAUCAACCUUCAACAGUUUUCUUGAAUCGAGGGUCGUUUUUCACAGAUUUUCCCACCCAGAAAGAUGAAGUCCUUUCACUUUCUUUCCUUCUUUCUUCUCUACUUUUCCUUUGUUCUGUUCAUUUUCUUAAGUUCUUCCUUUUCCUGUCGUCACGCUUUCUCUUUUCUUCCCUUUCACUGCUUUUAUUAGAAACACAUUCAGUGUAUUUUUAUUUAAUGGAAACAGAAAAAGCCUAAAUGUGUCCGUUGACAGUAUUUUCUCCGCGUGCCUGAAGCUGCACUGCGCGGAGGUGUCGGCGUUUAACCUCGCGUCGGACCAAACGGCUUCUCAUCACAUGACCGUUUGCAGUGAAAUCGACUCAACCGGCGCAGCGCGUGACUGCGCUUUCUGUGGGUUCGUCUGUACGACAGCUGGCAGAAGAAAAAUGACGACCGCCGGGAUUCAGGCCGAACACUGAAACAGCUGUUUGUGUCGUUACGAACAUUAAAGAAAGGAUUCGCUCGAGGAAACAAAUCAGUUGGAGACAGAAAACAUCUUUAACUUCUGUUUGUUUUGUUUUUACACUUUAAAAUGAACUCGUGUUCAUUUUAAAAAGCACCGUCAUUUUUAAUAUUUUUAUGCUCCCAGUCGUUUUAAUAAUGUCACUCAGCAGGUCAAAGUCAGUCCUGAGGAAACAAGAACUCCAUUAUUACCAUCCCAUAAUUCACACGUCUGUGUUUUUCUGUUUGUAACACUGACGUCGUCCUCUCCACUGUGUGUGUGUGUGUGUGUGUGUGUGUGUGUGUGUGUGUGUGUGAGUGAGUGAAGCAUCUUGCUGUUGUUAUGCAAUAAACCUGUUGUGAGUUUGCAGUUCCAGACUCUGCCAGUAGGGGGAGCUGUUGACCAGCCAGGUUGUGUGUGUGUGUGUGUGUGUGUGUGUGUGCACGUGCAGACUAGGGAUCAGUUAAAGGCCAUAUUUCAUAUUUUUCACAUUUUUUUUUUUAUUGAUGUAUGAUAUUAAUUGCUCUCAUAUUAUUAAUGUUAUUGAUAGUUUUCAUGUUUUUAGGCUCCGGAGAAUAAAAUGAGCGCUCUGCGUCUUUUGCUUUGUAUUUGAAUAAUAAAUUGACAUUUGUUCUAUUCAGAUUUUUAUUUGAACCUUGUAAUAAAUAACCAGGGAAUGUUAAGUGUGUUGUACAUAUGAAUAUGUUUUCAAACCAGAGGUGCUUCUGAAGCUAACAGGAGAGAUUUUUAAGAGACUGUACCUUCACAUUAUUUUCCAGAAAAUAAAUAAAACAAAUGAAACCUGGA